AGCUAGAAUGCUUUGAUGAGCAGCGUUAAAAAAAAUGGCUGUUCGUGUAUACAUCGCUAAAAUUUGUAUAGUUCAGUAGAAUUUUAUUGAACUAAUGUCCGAAAUGAGGCCAUAUUUGCAGGAAUUCCACGUCUCAUUGAAAGAAAAUUGAAAAUGAGUCAUUUAUUUGAAUAUAUGUUUGCGUUUUUACAGCUGACUGUUACUUCCAACGGUUGAAGUUCGUUCGAUAACUGACCUUAUAGGAUUAAAAUCUUAGCAAACUUAAUUUGCUCUUUACUUGAAUUGUCCAGCAACUGAUGUCGGAAAUGCGUCUCCCUAAUUCUCACAACACUGAUCGUCCGUAGCGUGAUACAGGUUUUUGCUCUUAUGGAACAUGAUCACAAGAUAUAUUAAGGCAAUGUGAAACAUUAACUUAAUGAGAAAAGUAGGUUUAACAUACUCGCCGAUUACACGAUGGCCACAGUUCAACAGCCAACCACACAAUUGGAAUUCCACCAAGCCAUGGCAGACUUCAGAACAAUGUUUCCAGAUAUGGACGAUGAAGUUAUAGAGGCAGUCCUAAGGGCAAAUCAAGGUGCUGUAGAUGCAACCAUUGACCAGCUUUUGGCAAUGACAACUGACAAUGAGAAUGAGAAGUUGCGCAAUGAAAUUGAACAAAAGGAAACAUUGGAAACUUCAAAAGGUCUUGGCACGACUGCUGAGGUUGCCAUUAUAACAAGUUCAUCUCCUGCAAAAAGCCCUCAGAGGCCAGCUUCUGGAGAUGAAGUGCCAUUGACAUUGUCUACAACACCUCCACUACAUUCACUCCGUGGUUGGGUACCACCACUUGUAGGACCAUUGCCUGAUGACUUUCUAAGGAUAACACCAGCAACGACAUGGGAUAGUCACCAUAAGAAACAGGCAAUGAUGCUUAAUCAGCAGAUGUUACAGAAGAAAUUUGCAGAAAACCAAAAAGUCCGUGGUGUUUUAUGUGAUGGUGCUGACCCUGAGUUAGAUCGCUAUCUUGAAGAUGAGAGAAUUGCUCUUUUCUUGCAAAAUGAAGAGUUUAUGGCAGAAUUACGUUGGAACAAAGACUUUCUUUCUACAUUAGAGAAGGACCAAGCAGAUGAGAGCCCUCCUGAAGAAACACUUGCACCAUAUCCCUUAAAGCCAUUGUCUGCUGCACAUGAUGAGGAUGACAUAUUCAGAGAACGUCUGCGUAACAUGGGAAAAAUGUCACGAAAGAAGUUUGCACAGUUGGCCAGAGUUUUUACUCGUCGUAAGAAACGAAGCUCUGCAAAGGCAAUUCUUAGCCAAGGUCCUGCACCAUCCAGAGAUAAUUUGCUUUUGAAUGCUGAACCCCUCUUAGAUGAUGAUGAUGAUGAUGACAUGGAUGGGCAUGUUGAUAAAGAAGCACAGAGUGGUCAUGUUUCACCCCAAGUGCGAAUAGAGCACCGAGAAUAAGACUGAUUCUGGAGCGAGAAUUCACCUGUAAAUGGAAAAGCCUUAGUUUUGUCUUGGCUUAUGUCUACAAUGCUUGCAUCUUACUUAAAUUAUGUGAUUUUCACUUCUGUAUAGUAUAAAGUGAAUUUGUAAGUAUGUGCCAUUUGUGUGUGUGUGUGUGUGUGUGUGUGUGUGUGUGUGUGUGUGUGUGUGUGUGUGUGUCUGAGAGAGAGAAGGCAGUUGUCAAGCUACAGUAAAUUGCUGCCAUUUCACUAUGUCUUAUGUACAUUUAUCAGGGGCUCAUAUUAAGUAAUCAUUUCCACCAUUUCUGUUAUAAAUUAUCUCUUUAUGAAUAUUUAAUUGGUUUAGGUUGCUUUGAAGAGUACUGGGUUUAUUGUAUUAACAGAAUUAGAUCACCUGCUUAGAAAUUGGACUUAAAAUUUAUCUUUGUUUAUAUGACACACAUCUUUCUUGUUUAAAUUAAAUUUUUGUUUUGAGGAAAGAAUUUGGAACAGCAACGAGAGACAUGAAAGAUACAUGAAAUAUGCCACUUGCAGACUUGAUUCUUGCAGCACAAUUUUUCCUUCUUUGAUACAGGCUAGUACAGGCAAGAAACUUUACCACUGGUAGAGUUAUUAGGCAGUUCUUCCAUACUACCUAUACUGACAUGUUGCAGUUUAUUGUCCACAGUGGCUACUUCAUAAUAUUUUUGUUUGAUAUGCUUGCUGAAAAAGUUAACAUUUAUUGAGAAUGGUAGAACUUUAUAGCUUUGAGCACUGGAGAUAAUGACAGGCUUGUACUUCCUUCAAACAUUAUUUGUAGGUUGUAAAAACUUCUGAGUACUUUGAUAAUGAAGUAAAUGAAAAAGGUUAUGAUUGUCUGUGAAAGUAAUAUAUGUUUCUCAAAUUGUAAGUUAAAGACAUUGUUAAGUGAAGUGACAGUACUGCAAAGUUUUGCAAUCACUGAAAAGAGUUCAUCAUUGUUAAUCACAUACUAAAACAAUUAUUAGUAGUCCACUCAAGGUCAGACAUAUCAUUAGGUUGCAAAUUGAAGACCAGAAGGAGGAAAGGGGAUGGGAGAGCCAGUGAUACUUCAUUGCAUUUACUAAGAUACUUGUAGAUCAGCAGUUUCUUAACUAUUUUUGUAGGCAAGAAUUUAUCCAAUGGGGGGAGGGCAGCUGACACCCCCCCCCCCCCCCACCCAAAAAAAAAAAAGUCCUCACAAACCUAACUCUCAUUCUGCCAUCUCAGAUAGACAGAUGCAGCAAUUCCCUACCACUUUGAAGAAAACUAAAACAGGUAGUGGAUACUGACCAGUAGCAGAUAUACCCUUUGUCACUUGUCAUUAAAUCUGUAAUCUGUUUCAUAGUUCAUCAUGAAAAUAACAUGAAUUAACAGCCCCUCCCCAUCCACCUCCCUCCAUCAACUCAGAUCCUGGGUACACUCUUGUUUGUAGAUACACAAAAUGAAUGGAGAUAUCAUACAAAAAACCAUAUUACAAAGAAAUUUCAUUCCCUUAGCUGAUUGCCUAUCAACAACUGUGUUCUAUACAUCCACCUUGCCUUAAUUUUCUCUGUUGUUGGCUCUGACAAGGGGAACAUACCUACUCAUUAUCACUGAUUUCGUCCAGUUGUGUGGUAUACGCAGAGCAUGGCCACAAAUGAAAGUGGCAGAAAUGUGAGUUCCAGCUGGCCAAGUUUUGGAAAAAAUACCAUUUGUGAUGUGGGUGAGGAAAGGCAUGAGCCAUUUAUGUUAGCCUAAUUUCCAGGCAAUGAUCGGCACAGUGGAAAGAGUACAGAAUGUUUAUCGGAGGGUCGUGGGGAUGAGUUCCAGUGCAGGAACUUUGUUAUUUACAACAUUUUCAUUAUAUACACAACAAAUAAACCAAAUAAUGCUCAGUAUACUGUAUUUAUUAAUAAAUUUUCCAUAAAAGGCUUGAGGAGACAAGGCAAAGGAAAAUUGGAGAUUGCAAGCAAAUUUCCUAGACAGGAUUCCCCUGCAUUCCACUAGUGCAUCUCUGCAAUGUUUGUCUUUUGUGUCAGGUAAGGAAUUUGACCAGAAACCCUCAAACCUGCUCUUAUCUCAUUGAGAGAGAGAAAAAUAAAUUGCUUUCUGAGAAAACUGCAUAAAAAUUUAUUCUGCUGUAAAUCAUGAACUAUCCUCACCAAUAUUUGGCUAAAUGAUGCACAACACAUGGAUUGGUGUGAAUCUGUACAAUGAGAGAGAACUUUUUAUGAAUGUAAAAAAAUUGUUUUUCUGUAGAAACUUUAAAACAACUAUGUAGCAUUUAUAAUAUGUGCAGGGUGCUGAGAAAAUAACUGCUUCCCCUGUUUUUAUGAUGAGUAUCACCCCAACACAAGUAAAUUAUCAACUGUAAGAUAAUAAAAGUGUCUAAUUUUAUAUGUCUAAUUUUAUAUGUCUAACAAUCCCUCCCUGGAAAUUGAUUUGCAAUCCCAAAUUUUCCUUUAAUUUUCGUGUAUUUUGUGAAAAAUAUUAAUAAGUACAAUAUAUUGGGAAUUAUUUUUGUUUAUGUUCUAUGCACAUAACAUAAAAUUUUGGAAAUAAAAAUAAAUGAAAAAUUCCUGAAGAGAGACUCAGCCCUGCAACUCUUAGAUUCCCGUUCUGUACUCUUUGUGCUGGCUGAGAACUACGCUAAUGUAAAUGGCUCAUGCAUUGCCCGAACCAUGACAAAAAUACUUUUUUUUUGCUAAACACAUGCCCAUGUAGAGUUACCACUUCUGUCACUUUCAUUUGAGCCCAAGCCCUCCAUAUGCCCUAAACCUGGAUGAAAUCAGUGAUAAUGAGUAGGCACAGUCUCCUGCCUGAACUCAUUAACUUCAUGCAAUGUUUAUUACUUUCUUUGGUUAAAAAUUGAUUUUUGAUCUAAAUAAAUGUGUAUCACUAUUUUUAGUCAGUUGGGGUAUAAUACUCAUACAAUAAGUUGUUAGGAGCAUACUUUUUAUCUGUCACAACCUUUAAAAACAAAUUUCUGAAUCCAAGGGUGUGGUGUAUUAUUUUAUUACAUUCAGCCUAUCCUAAGUCACAUUAUUAGUAGUUAUUUUGACAAUUUUUAUUCAUUUUUUUGUAGUUCAUCCUUUGUAAGAUAUCUUAGAAUCUCAUUCAGUUGAUAAAAUGAUCUGAUAAUGAUGUAGCUUGUUUUAAGGCAACUGAUAUUUGAAAGCUGUGAUGGACUUCAGUUUCACUUUUAAAUUGAAUUUGCUGUUUUCUGUAUAAAAAAAGCAGACUCAAGAUUCAUAUUUUGUUUUGCUCAUCUUUGAUUGUUACAAAUUUGUGUCCUGAUUUCAGUAGUGAAAAUGGCAUCUAGUGGUGUGCUGUUAUAUGAUUCCAAGUUUGUUAAGUUCAUGUGUGAUAGAUUUCUCUUGUCAGAAAUAGAUUUAAUAUUUUUUGAAGUAUCACAAGUGCUUGAAUAAUCUAAUCUAAACCAAACUAUCAUGUAAUUAUUAGUAUUUCCCAUCCUCAAUACCAUAGUCUGUUCAUGAGACCAAAAAGUUUUUGUGUUGCUCGUUGUUAAGAUUUCUUGUAUAGCUUCCUACUACUUCUGUAUAUUACACUUCCUUCAUUCCAACAACUUAUUAUUUUAUCUAUGGUAUAGUAUUUUCAUUUAUUCUCUUUUUGAUAUACAUCACAUGGUAUGUUUGUUAUUUUUGUUUCUUUUGCUUGUACACUCUUAGUACAUCUUAAGUUUGCCUAAGGAACACAAUAAUAACUGUUGUCUGUUGACUCUUAUUUUCUCAGUAUCUUUUUUCUCCUACAACAGGAACUCUUUUUAAAUUGUUUUUUGUGUUUGUCUCUCAUGACUAGUCUCUUGGCUGCAAGUAAGGUUCCUGAUGAUUUACUUGUUAAGUCAUGCAUAUGAGUUUGAAUAGUGCAUUUUUUACUUUCUUUGCGGUCAUAUAUUGUGGCAUAUUUGGAGUAGUGUGAUCUUUAAGAGAAGCAAAUUUAAAUCUGCAUGUGAUGAUAGGACAUACAGAUCUCUUCCAUUAGGUUAUUAAUUAGGUUUAUUGUUAAGAAAAUACUCGGUUGUAGAUGAAUUAAUUGUCUGUGAUUCUAGGAUAAUUGAUUUAUUAAAAUGGUAAAGAAAUAAUGAAAAUAUUCCAGGCUGCUUGUUUGGUUGUGCACAGAGGGGCUGGGGCAAGGAGACAAAACGCAAAGCACAUCAACCACAUGCCAAAAGAGAAACACAGAAUCUGAAGCCAGUAAUACUUCUUCAUCUUCAUCAUCUUCUUCUUCUUCUUCUUCUUCUUCUUCUUCUCCCCAGUGAAAUACGUUUGGAACCUUUUCAGAAUACCAUUACAGUAACCAGAUCUCUGUGUUUUACACUCUUUCAUAAUUUUUGUUGCUUCAAUUAAAGAUUUGCUAGAUGUUAUAUUCUCUAUUAGUGUUUAUUUCACCUAAAAAUUAAAUUUAAGCUCAUCACAGAUCUUGACAUACAUGAUGCAUUAAUAUUCAUUUUUUACUGAUUUCUCUCUCACUUCUUUGCCUAUUACUUCUAUAUAUGCAUGAAUGGUUGAGCUAUCUCUAUGAGAAACAAUUAGUCCCAACUCUUCCUGCAUUGAGUGAGCGGCGCAGUGGUUAGCACACUGGACUCACAUUUGGGAGGACAACGGUUCAAACCAGUGUCUGGCCAUCCUGCUUUAGGCUUUCUGUUGUUUCCCCAAAUCACUUCAGGCAAAUACCGGGAUGGUCCCUUUGAAAGGGCGUGACCCAUCCUUCCCUAAUCCAAUUGGACUGAUGACCUCACUGUUUGGCCCCUUCCCCCAAAUCAACUGGUCAUCUCUUCCUGCUGCUGUUUUUCCAUGCUGAUUUACACUAACACCUAUUUUCUUAAAUAAGACAGAAACUAUUUCAUUGUAUCUGAUGUUGAUUGCAUUCAUUCUGUAUCAUUAAAAUUAUUUCACUGAAAUAACAUUAAUCAGUCACAUUUGGAAACAAUGUUCUGUUGGAAACAUUUAGUUCAACCACCAAAGUGCGUUACUGUUUUAUAUUGGAUGGUGAUCCAAAAGCAACUUUAAAAGGGUGCAAGUUGAGAUUAUUGUAAUUGUUAUUUAUAAUUUUUAUUGUUGUUACUUUUAUUUGUAUUUUCAACCUUUAAGAAGUUUGAUUAGAAUAUUUUCCGUAUUGUGUGUCUUACUGAAAUUAUUAAGACACAUGUUGUGAAGUGGUUAUCUAACAGUAUUCAAUUUUAUUGGAGUUCAUACAACUUGUACUGCAAUCUGAAAGACACAAAAUUCUUUGAUAGAUCUGAUUACUUUAAUUUUCUCAGAAGCAUUAAGCAAAAGGUAGAAGCCUACUACUCAAUGGCCUACUUGAUGUCAGCUUGCUGUCAGUUUUUAAUGAGUUUAUGUGUAAUUGUUUUCUAAGCAUGUAAUAGAAAUGAUAACUACACAACUCUUCAGCUUCAUUUGUAUAUUGCUCUUACACUGGUACACUGUUUAUUAUGAUUCUUACUUUGUGAGGGGAAGGUAUAAUGGCAACGAAGCAUUUUUCUUGUUGCCAAAGAAUCAUAAUAUGUAGGAGUAACACUUCUUCACAAGUUGGAUAAUGUGUUAGUCUUUGUUUAACUUCCAGAAUGUUGAUCUAUUUUCUUUUAUGUGAUACAGUGAAAAAAGAUGAAAAGUUAUCUUAUAUCAAUGUACAAAAGAAACUGUAUUACAAUACUUUGUUAAUCAUGGUUAUGGUUUAUGUAGUGCUGUUAAAGUGCUAGUAAUUGCAGCUGUUUAUUCAUAAUGAUUCAUUGUUGCUCAUUUGUUUUGUUAUGAAUUUCAUAAAUUAUUUGGAACGUUAAUUUCUUGCUAAAAGGAUUUGUGAAAUGAUGUGGUUCAUUCAUUAUUAUGUGUAGUUAUUUUAGAUCAGAAUACCACAUAUGAUUCUUUUGAAGGUACUGUGAUAGUGAAGCAAAAAAGUAUAGUACAGAAAUUGGUGACUAGGUAUCAGAAUAGAUAAUUAAGAGGCCUUCACUAAUAUAUAUGUAUAUAAAUAGAUUUAAACUGAUCUUAUGUGAAUUUGAAAUAUUUUGUAAACAUUUGAUUUUUAUAACAGUUAUUUCAUGUUGUGAGUUAAGACAGCGGUUGCUUGUGAGUGUUUUUGCUUUGCAAGGAUCAAAAGAGAAGAAAUUGAAAGCUGAGCUUUGUGCUUAAUGUAAAUGAAUCUUAUAUGCUAGUCACUUCUGAGCUAGUCGCAUCUCCUUUUUUAUUGCUGCUUUUUAUAAAAAGAACUUAUAAUGCAUAGUGCUUACAGUUUCUUUAUUCAGUAUAAACAAACAAUUGUAAAUCUGUUUGUUGUUUCACUUUAUUCAAUACUGUAAAAAGUUAGAAUAGCAGUUCAUGGUGUACCAAAGAUCUUAGCUGUUGUAGAGUACCUAAUGUACUGUUUUAUGAAAUGUGACUGACAAAUAAUCUGUAUUAUACUGUACCAAUUAUCAGUUGCAGUCAGUCUGAUAUGAAAAGUACUCUGUUGUGAUAUUUUAAGCCAUCCAUUGUUUUGUAUUGUUGAUGGGUUGACAGUAACAUAAUAUGUCCUAAAUAGUUCUUUUUGAAUACUUGUUGAUAUUAAUUUACUUGCAUUGAAAUAUUUCAGAUUUGCAAGUGGAUUAUACAAGAUAGUUUUAUUACAGAAAAAUAUACUUAAAUUAUGUUACUAUUAUUACAGACAAUGUGAACUCUGUGCUAAUGCCCCUAUAAACAGGGAAGUAAUAUUGUAUAAUGGUUGUUUUUAUUGCAGUUCCCUUAAACAAAAUAUCAGUCUUCUUCUUUCUUAUUUUAUUUAUUUAUUUAUUUAUUUUUGUAGGAAUUAAGUGAAUUCCAGCUCCAUUCAUUGUCAUCCUUGCCCAAACAGAUUACACUGGUUCAGUAUUUGUAGUUCAGACACAAGAGAACAAGUGUGAGGUAUAAAAUAUCUCACUGAUACAUUUACCAUACAGCAGAGAUGCUGAGUCACAGAUAGGCACAACAAAAAGACUGUCACACUAUAAGCUUUUGGACAGCAAGGCCUUUGUCGAAAAUAAAUGACAGACAGACACACCCACCCACACAUGACUAUAACCUCUGGCAGCUGAAGGGUGUGUGUUCAGUUUGUGUGUGUGUGUGUGUGUGUGUGUGUGUUCACAGAUAGGCACAACAAAAAGACUGUCACACUAUAAGCUUUUGGACAGCAAGGCCUUUGUCGAAAAUAAAUGACUGACAGACAGACAGACACACCCACACAUGACUACAACCUCUGGCAGCUGAAGGGUGUGAGUUCAGUUUGUGUGUGUGUGUGUGUGUGUGUGUGUGUGUUCACAGAUAGGCACAACAAAAAGACUGUCACACUAUAAGCUUUUGGACAGCAAGGCCUUUGUCGAAAAUAAAUGACAGACAGACAGACACACCCACCCACACAUGACUACAACCUCUGGCAGCUGAAGGGUGUGAGUUCAGUUUGUGUGUGUGUGUGUGUGUGUGUGUGUGUGUGUGUGAGAGAGAGAGAGAGAGAGAGAUUGUGCGUGCACGUGUGUCUGUCGUCUAUUUUCGAAAGUGGCCUUGUUGCCCGAAAGCUUAUAUUGUGACAGUCCUUUUGUUGUGCCUAUCUGCAACUCAGCAUCUCCGCUAUAUGGUGAGUAGCAACUUUCCUUUUCAUAAUAUUGUUACAUUCCAUCCUGGAUUUUCCAUUGUUUGAUUCAUUGAUCUAUUUGUUUACUAAGCCAAAAUAACUGACUGAUUUUGAUGUAAAUGCAUUAGAGUGGUGCCAGAAUGUUCUUUCUGUAAAUUGCACAAAAAUCCUUCAAAGUUUUGUACAGAAAUUUGCAUAUUUUAUGUUAAUAACUGACUCAAGUAUAAGUCUUUUUACAAAAGUUUUAAUCAUCAACGUUGAUCAACCUCUUUACAGUGAUAAUUGUAGAUUAUGCUGAUGCUGUUGUGGUAAACUAACUCCUCUGCACACACUUCAUAAUUACUCAGUUGCAAGGAACACUUAUCUUCUGGAAUGUAAGUUUCUUUCUGAAUAUACUAAUUGCCAGUC